AUGGGGACGGCUGCUAUGGAGGUACCAGGAGGCAGAACCAUAUGGGGACGGCUGCCAUGGAGGUACCAGGAGGCAGAGCCAUACGGGGACGGCUGCCAUGGAGGUAUACCAGGAGACAGAGCCAUAUGGGGACGGCUGCCAUGGAGGUACCAGGAGGCAGAGCCAUAUGGGGACGGCUGCCAUGGAGGUACCAGGAGGCAGAACCAUAUUGGGACGGCUGCCAUGGAGGUAUACCAGGAGGCAGAACCAUAUGGGGACGGCUGCCAUGGAGGUACCAGGAGGCAGAGCCAUAUGGGGACGGCUGCCAUGGAGGUAUACCAGGAGGCAGAGCCAUAUGGGGACGGCUGCCAUGGAGGUAUACCAGGAGGCAGAACCAUAUGGGGACGGCUGCCAUGGAGAUAUACCAGGAGGCAGAGCCAUAUUGGGACGGCUGCCACGGAGGUAUACCAGGAGGCAGAACCAUAUGGGGACGGCUGCCAUGGAGGUACCAGGAGGCAGAACCAUAUGGGGACGGCUGCCAUGGAGGUACCAGGAGACAGAGCCAUACGGGGACGGCUGCCAUGGAGGUACCAGGAGACAGAGCCAUAUGAGGACGGCUGCCAUGGAGGUACCAGGAGACAGAGCCAUAUGGGGACGGCUGCCAUGGAGGUACCAGGAGACAGAAUCAUAUGGGGACGGCUGCCAUGGAGGUACCAGGAGACAGAGCCAUAUGGGGACGGCUGCCAUGGAGGUACCAGGAGACAGAGCCAUACGGGGACGGCUGCCAUGGAGGUACCAGGAGGCAGAACCAUAUGGGGACGGCUGCCAUGGAGGUAUACCAGGAGGCAGAGCCAUAUUGGGACGGCUGCCAUGGAGGUAUACCAGGAGGCAGAGCCAUAUGGGGACGGCUGCCAUGGAGGUACCAGGAGGCAGAAACCAUAUGGGGACGGCUGCCAUGCAGAUAUACCAGGAGACAGAACCAUAUGGGGACGGCUGCAAACGGGGCACACACAGUCAGUGUCAUACGAGGACGGCUGUCAAUGGGACACACACAGUCAGCGUCAUACGAGAAUGGCUGUCGAAGGGACACAGUCAUACGGGUAA